AUGGUAGCAGCGGCGUUCGAAAACUGCCGGGCCGAACACGUCGCCGCCGAGGGCGAUCGUGUCGAUCAGUUUGCCUUAAAGCCGAAAGUCUCCAAGGAACUGAAGACUACGCUCGCCGAAUCUCGCAAGUGGAUCGCAGCACACAUCGACAACCAAACGCUCAAGGUCAAGAAAGAAUCUAGGCUUGCCGUGCGUGCAUGCUGCCGCGGUUAUGCUCGACAUCCGCUAUCGGUUGGAUCCGCGCACGGGGGUCGACGAGUACUUUCACUUGGCUGCAUGGAAGCAGACUUACGCGGUGACAUCGCUCCAACCUGUUCCACCUUGGGCCGAAUGGAAGGUGCUUCGUUGUCCUCCUGAGCGUCAUGUGGUCACGGAUGGAGAGGACGAUAGUGACUCAAAUAGCGAGGAAGAGGGUGCCGUUAUCAAUCCGCCACAUUUCCCCAAGCGUACAGGACGUUCGAUCAAGCGCAGGAUCCGGGGUGCGGGCGAGAGGGCCAAGCGCGACACGAUCUGUGGCCUCUGCAAAAGGCUCGGACAAAACCGAUUUGUUUACGAUAG